CCAUCGCUGAACGCGUUCAUGGCGCUGGGCCGCCCCGUGUGGCAACGCACUCGCACUGCCCUCCAACGCCUGCUCUCUGCGGACGAGCCAGCACUGAGAGACAACAAGCCUCUGCGCGCCAAGGCCUUGCUUCCUCAGGCGCGUGUGAGCAUGGAACUACCAGCAGUGAUCGGCGAUUACACGGACUUCUACGCCUCCCGCCACCAUGCCACCAACGUGGGGCGCCUCUUCCGAGGGCCCGACAAUGAGCUGCCCAAGCAGUGGUUGCACAUGCCCAUUGCAUACCAUGGCAGGUCGUCGUCUGUUGUGGUCUCCGGUACUCCCAUCAUGCGACCCAGGGGUCAGUUGGGGCUACCGGCCUCGUCUACCACGCCCCUCGCCCCUCUCUUCGGCCCCACGCAGCAGCUUGAUUUUGAGCUCGAGAUGGCAGUGUUGAUGGGGCCGGGCAACGAGAGGGGCGAGAGCAUUCCUGUGGAGAGGGCGCUGGACUGCUGCUUUGGCAUGGUCAUCUGUAACGACUGGAGCGCGAGGGACAUCCAGCGGUGGGAGUAUGUUCCACUCGGGCCCUUCCUGGGAAAGAACUUCGCCACCACCAUAUCCCCCUGGGUCGUCACGAUGGAUGCUCUCCGCCCCUUCAUCUGCUCCCCGCCCCCUCAGGACCCAGAGCCACUGCCGUACCUCCAGGAGCCCAACCCGAUCACCUUGGACAUUCACUUGCAGGUCUUCCUUGCUCCCUCCGCACCUCCCUCCACUGCUGCCCCUGCCGCCACAUCGCAUCCACCUCCCUCCACACCAUCGGUACCCCCAGAAACCACACCAUCCCCCGCGCCAUCCGCCACACCAGCGGUCCCUCCAGUCGUCCCUCCGCCCAUGCCCCCUUGCCCGCACGCCCUCCUCUCCCCUGAAGCUCUGGAUUUCCCUCCCUCUGCUGCUGGGGACGCUUCACUCUCCCAGAGGCUGCCGCCUGUCCCCGUGUGCUGCAGCAACUUUAAACACUUGUACUGGACGGUGGCACAGCAGGUGGCGCAUCACACCAUCAACGGCUGCCCCCUGCGGCCGGGCGAUCUGCUCGCCUCGGGCACCAUCUCUGGCCCGGCAGAGGGCAGCGAGGGGUGUCUGCUAGAGAGAACACAGGCAGGCAAACUCACACUACAGCUGUCCCCUCAAGGAUGUACAGUUGUUGACAAUGACUCUUCCCGAGCCUCCGGCCAAAGCUUAGGCCCGGGGAUUGUGCGACGAACGUACCUGGAGGAUGGGGAUGAGGUCAUCAUGUCAGCUACCUGCCAGUUGCCUCAUGGUGUGAUGAUUGGAUUUGGAGAGUGUAGAGGUGUAGUGCUUCCUUCGACAGUUGCCAUGAUGCGUGGUGGCUCCAAGCUAGGUGGCUCCAAACAAGGUGGCGUAGCUGUAUUGACCCCCAAGGAUGCGCUAGUCCCGCCAACAGAGGAUUGA